AUGCUUGUUGCUAUGGAAAAAUAUAGACAAAAACAUAUGGAAUCGUUACAUGAAGGCUACAAUCGGAGAAUGUCAACUUUUCGAGAAAAUUAUCACACUCAAGUUGAAACUAUUCGUAACUCUUAUUUGGAGUCUUCCGAGCGUUUUCGAGAUUAUAGACAAGCCCAAAAGGAAAAUGUUCAACAACACUUGGAUGGGUAUUAUCAACAGAUAUCUCGUCUUCGUGAAUUUGGCCAUAAAAGAGUUGAACAUUUAUGGGAAAGUUAUGAAAAGAGUGUAAAUGCAGUAAGAACCUUUACUUUAGAACAACGUUUAAAAAUAUUAAAUCAAUACAAAGUAAAACAACGUUAUGUAAAUAAAUUGUUGGAGGCUAUUGGAACUGAAACUAAUGUUGACAUUAUUAGUAGAAAGGAAGCAGCAAUUAGAGAAGUAUUGGGUGAAGACCAACCUCCCCCAACAUUUUGGUCUUCUUCCCACCAUCCAUCAAAUAAUUCAAAUCUUCGCCGUUCAGCUUCUUUUCAUUCUCUUCCGGAAUUUCCUUUAGUAGAUGAAAUUUUAGAAGAAGAAGAAGAGCAACAAAUUAUUUAUGUAAAUUUAACAGAAUUUAAUAAAAAUAAAGAAGAAUUAACAGAAAAAGAAGAAAAAGAAUAUCUUUUAGCUUUACAACAACCUUCAACAUCAACAGCAUCUUCUAUAUUACCUUUAUUUAAUAAUAAUAAAAUUCAGGCUUGA